UCAUGAAUUUUUAUCUAUGUUUGAUACUUUUUGAUAUUUCCAUGAAAUAUUUUAUAUUUUGAACUUUCGAUAUUUCCACCGAUACCGAAAUUUUCAAUAUUAUAGUAGGUAACAAAUUAAGAAAUCAUAGAGAUGUAAAUUCAUAAAACUUCUUUCUGGUAUUGAUGAUGACACAAUCCCUUAAGCUAGGCAUGUCAAUAAAGAACUUCAGUUUAUGCUGAUAGAAAAAGGCAGCGCAACAAGCUCACAAAAUAAAUAGUUUCUCAUACAUGCCGUGGCUUAUUUUAAGAGGUCCUUGUCCUUGCCACAGGAGUUUCAAGAAAUGCUAUUGGAAAUUGUCUGGUGUAUUUAACCGCAAUGGUAUGUUUGGAUAAAUAUAAAUUUAGUGGAAAUCUAAUUUCCUAAAAAAUGUGAUAAUUUUUUUUUGUUUGGAUAUUUAUCGUAAGGUAAAAAAGUAUGAGUUUAGGGAAUUAGAUUUCCAUCAAUGUAGAAAAAUAUGUGGGAAAAUAGUUUCCAGCUAUAAAUAUGUUAUUUUGAGAAUUACAGAAAAAAUAAUUUUGAAUUUUUUUUAAAAUAUAUAUUUACCAUUAAUUUAUUAUACAAUAUUAAAUUUAAUUACUUCUAAAUCCUAACUUUUCUAUUACUUAUCAAACAUAUCAAAAGAAAAAUUAAUUCUAAAAAAAUAAGUUUUAAAAAACUAAAUCUCGAAAAUCAAUUUACUUUUUAACUUUAACACUUUCCGGAUAGAAUCCAAAUAAAUAGUAUAAAUUUUAAAGUAUUAUUAAGUUUUCUUAAAGAAAGUUAAAAAUUUUUCUUACAUCAUUAUAAGAUCUUAAUAUGGCAACGACACUGUAAGAAUUUAAUGAUAAAGAUAUUUUAUAGAGCAAUUUAUGUUGUAGAUGUUUAAUGAAAAGUGCCACGUUGCCUAGACUUUAUAGUGGUUUGUAUGAGGAAACCCAAGAAAGGUUGUCGAAAAGUACAAAGGCCCAAAAAUAAUGUGGUAGCCUGAAAUAAUAAUGUGGGCCUAGCCUAAAAUAAUGUGGGCCUAGCCUAAUCUAUAACUUUUAAUAUUUGAUUUUAAAGUAAAUAUUUGGAUUUAUAUAUACAUACAUACAUACAUACAUACAUAUAUAUGUAUGUAGGGCUACCUGUGGCGUUUCUUGUACUUUAUUCCCUUUCAAAUUGUCUGCUUGCCAGUUGUUCAGAUAAACAGUAUAUUUAUAUAACAAAAUGACUUACAAGGUAUGUCAAACACAUGUUUGGAAUUAUAUUCAUAUUGAAUAAAUAAAAUUUUGUAAACUAAUUACACCGUCAUCAAGAUACACUUACAGAGGGCAAGUGCCGUCCUUUGUUAGAAAAAGAAAUGGCCUACUUAUAUUUUUGCUUUUUAAACAUUCUUUAUGCCUCUUACAGAAAAUAACAAAAUAACAACAAAAUAGCAAAAGUAGUAAACUUGGAUAACAGAAGACAGUUAGAGAAUUCCUUAAAACUCUCAACGUAGGCCUGUCAACACGAAUUCCCUAAGCCAGCAUGUCUUCGUACGUUUCUUGCCUGGCUCUCCUUCGACCUUCUUCUUGCUUCCUUCAGCUUCCUUAUUGAUCUCAGCUUCAAAAUCACCUCCAAUUCGACCUGUUUCAGCUUGAGUACUAACUUGGGUUUUUUCCUCUUGGGCCUGAGAUCCAAUCCAUUUGUUCAUCUGUUCUUGGACUUGGCGGCUGUCCAAAAUCACUUCAGCCUAAGUAUCCAAAAACAUAUGGAAAAAUGAGCACCUUGCACCCAGCUCUAGCUUUCUUUCUAUUCUAUAUUAUUAAAGUGAAAGGACAGCUCAGUAAUUUUGGGAGAGAUAGAGAGAGAAGAUUUUCUAAAAUGCUGAAAAAUCAGAGCCACCAAUCGUGAAUCUUCCAAGAACAUCCUGUGCUUUUUUGAUGUUUCCUAGCAUCAAAUUUGACGGCCGUACACUACAAGAAUAUAUAUGUGGAGAUUUUUUCAACCCAAUGUUCUGUGUCGUGUGCAAUAACAAAAAGAAAAUGCCUGCUGCAGGGUCUAAGUUUAUCCCAGAGGUGGUUCUGAGCUCCUCUGUUGGCCACCGAAGCAUGCCAGUCCUUGGCUUUGGCACGGCUUCCCUUAGCUCCGGCGCUACCCUUUUGAAAACCGCAGCAUUGGAGGCUAUCAAGCUUGGUUACCGCCACUUUGAUACAGCUUUUGUAUAUGGGUCUGAACAGGCACUUGGGGAAGCCAUAGCUGAAGCUCUUAAACUAGGCCUUGUUGGUUCCCGGGAUGAACUCUUUAUCACUUCCAAGCUGUGGUCCAAUGAUGCUCAUCCCAACCUUGUUAUCCCUGCUCUACAGAAAUCCCUUCGGAAUCUUCAGCUGGAGUACCUGGACCUCUAUCUUGUCCACUGGCCCAUUAGUGCCAAACCAGGAGAAGCCCAACUCCCCAUAAAAGAUGUUUUGCCAAUGGACUACAAAUCUGUUUGGGCAGCCAUGGAGGAAAGCCAGAGACUUGGGCUUACCAAGUCCAUCGGAGUCAGUAAUUUCUCUACCAGGAAGCUUCAAAACUUGCUCUCAUUUGCCACAAUUCCUCCUGCGGUUAAUCAAGUGGAGAUGAGCCCAAUAUGGCAACAGAAGAAGCUCAUAGAGUUCUGCAUGGCCAACAAUAUCAUAGUCACUGCCUACAGUCCAUUGGGAGCCAAAGGCGCCCCAUGGGGAUCCAAUCAUGUUAUGGAGAACCAAGUUCUGCAGGACAUAGCAACUGCUCACAGCAAAUCCGUUGCUCAGGUUUCUCUUAGAUGGAUAUAUGAGCAAGGAGCAACUUCAGUGCCUAAGAGCCACAACAAGGACAGGCUAAAAGAGAAUUCGGAAAUCUUUGAUUGGGAACUAACACGGGAGGAUCUUCACAGGAUCAGUCAACUCCCACAGAAGAAAUUGAUACUUGAUGUUACUAUUGGAAAUGGAUCUGAUCCUGACUUUCUUCAAGAGUUAUGGGACGGAGAGUUUUGAUUGACUCCAUGGAGGGCAAAAAUAAACUUUGAUAUAUGUGAUAUUCAUAGCUAUUCCUAGAUCAUUUCUUUUUUCAUGUAUUUUAUUUUAGCAUUCGGUGCAUAAUUUUAUGAUUUACAUGUUCUUUCUUUUUCUUUGUUUCUUGUUUUGCCUUGCAUAAAAAGCAUCGUUGUUAGAGGAAAUUUGUAUCUUGCUCUAUAAAAUGUGACACAUACAGUUUGUAUAUGUCCCAAGCGAUGAAGGUUAUUACUCUAGUCUAUCAAA